AUGUCGGCCACCCAUGGCAUGCUCAUCUACAACAACGACAUCACGGCUGACAGCCUGGUGGACACGAAGGGCACCCGCAAGAUCACAGAGGAGGUCUCAAGCAAGAUGCCGAAUUCAUCACUGUUUAAAUUGGAGAAGGAGGACCACACACUAGCAAACAUUCUGCGUAUGAAGCUGCACGAGAAUUCGCUGGUGCACAUUGCAGGUUACCGUGUGCCUCACCCCACGCAGCACCGUGUGGAGCUUCGGGUGCAGACAUCUGCCGACGGCUCGGGCCGUCCGAUUCCUACGCCGAAAGACGCUCUGCUGGAGGCGAUCGAUGCGUGCAUGCAGGAUCUGCAAACAUUUGAGGAACAGCUCCGCAGAGAAGCACAGUCGAAGGGCCUGGUGGCAGAGUAG